GCACCCACAGCGAUUGGCUAUUUCUUUUGCCGUAAAGUACCUCGGCUGUGGCUGUCGUUGAAUCGGUGGCUAACAGUCAACACCGAUUAAUAGACAAAGAUAUUCUACUAAACGGAGUCAUUUCUAGUAGUUUAGUAACAGUUAGUCAACAUGGCGGAAAAAUUUGAUAACCUGGAGGAGCAUUUGGAGAAAUUUAUCGAGAACAUUCGACAGUUGGGAAUCAUCGUCAGCGACUUCCAGCCCAGCAGCCAGACAGGACUCAACCAGAAGCUGAAUUACAUGAUAUCUGGACUGCAAGACAUCGAGAAGUGCCGCCAGCAGCUUCACGAGAUUAACGUACCGCUCGAGGUCUUUGAAUACAUUGACCAAGGGCGAAACCCUCAGCUGUACACCAAGGAAUGUCUGGAGAGAGCCUUGGCGAGGAACGAGCAGGUCAAAGGGAAGAUCGACACGAUGACGAAAUUCAAGAGUCUUCUGAUCUCUGAGCUCAGCAAAGUCUUUCCAGAGGAGAUGGUAAACUAUAAGGCCAUACAUGGAGAAGAUGCCCCUUCCUAGUGACUGCUCCACCCUAUGACCCCCAACCUGCAACCUGUGACCUUUGAAAUAAAAGCCUGAAUGGAGCAUGACCAAACAGGUUCCUCUGUGGUUGCCCGGAGAAUAGGAUGACAACCUGUUAUUUUUUUUCAUAAAUAUUGCGAUGCUGACGAAGACGUUUUUUAAGUUCUGCUCAGCAGCACCCUGACUCAGCCAAUCCUCUCCUUUCUUUACCUUUAAAACUUAUUUAAAGAAAUACAAAUCAAUAAUGGGAGGAGUAGAGAGGAGAAACAAAUAAUGUUCCGCACAGGGUUGUUAUGUUGCCAGGAGACGCAUUUGAUUUUAACGUCCCUGUUGAUGCAUGGGCAGUUGGCAGCAGAGGCAGUUCCUACAUCUCCCAGCUGUACAGGAGGAAACAUCCAGGCGCUGCAGGGCACCGGUCUGCAUUAAGGAAUUUACUCCCAUCAGUUGUACAUACAAUAUAUUUAUACUCUUACAGUCUUUUGUAAUGCUUCCUAAUCCUUGUGCAACAUACGUUUGUUCCACAGACGCACACACAGUUCAUGACUUUUGUAUCAAGCUCAGGUUUCUAAUGGCCAUCAUAAUUGAAUAUUAAUGCUGUUUGAUGAUAAUUCUGUGCCUGAUCACUCGACGUGGUCAGAAAUGAGUCCUCUCUUUAUUUGUAAGUUGUUUGUAUUAUCAUUUUUGUUAUUAAAAAAUGAUCCUUGUUGGGCU